GAAGCCGCCGCGGAGGCGGCUCCAGCUCCGGAGGGCGGCCCCGGCCCCCUGCCUGCCCUGCGCCUUCCCUCGGCCUGUGUCCGGGGAGGGAUGAGGUGCGGAGCCGGGCCCGGCUGAGCUGAGCGCUCGGGACCUGCCCGGGGAGGGAAGCGGCGCAGGCACGGCCUUUUGGCUCACAGAACGGUGAUUCAGACCUUACAGCACCGAACACCGAGCGCACGGAGGUCGCCCAGGGCCCGAUUUAAGAGCCAACGCCAGCCCCCUGAAGUGCACUUACCACUGAACGUGCGCAGCCUUCCCAGCAAAGUUUUUGCCCUGGAGGGUGCAGGAACCAGGAGAAGGAAGCAGGGAAGAGCCGUGACCACCAGCAGAGACCAAGGAUCGGCAUCCCAAGCCUGUCUGAAGCCUGACCCCAUCUUUCUCCCGCCUCAGCCCCGUGUUCACAGAGUCCCAGGAUGUGGUGCAGGAGGCUGAUGGGUCUGCUGGAGAUGCCAGGAUGGCUGAGGGGAAGCAGUGGACGUUGCCCACCGUGGCUGCCUCAUAGAAGGACCACCCUCGCUGCUGCAGCUCACUGGCACCACACAGCCCCUGAGACACUCAGGUGUGCCUGGCAGUUACAUGGUGACCAUCUAGAGCUGAGGUACAGGGACACGCUGAUGCGCUUCGACUUCGUCUGGCUGCGGGACCACUGCCGCUCCGCCUCCUGCUACAACGCCAAGACCAACCAGCGCAGCCUGGACACGGCCAGCGUGGGCCUGGACAUCAGACCCCAGGCUGUCCGAGUGGAUGAGACCACCCUCUUCCUCACCUGGCCAGACGGGCACGUGACACGGUACGGGCUGGAGUGGCUGGUGAAGAACAGCUACGAGGGGCAGAAGCAGCAGGUGAUGCACCCCAGGAUCCUCUGGAAUGCACAGAUCUACCACCAAGCCCAGGUCCCCUCUGUUGACUGCCAGAGCUUCCUGGAGACAGAUGAAGGGCUGAAGGAAUUCCUGCAGAACUUCCUACUCUAUGGGAUUGCCUUUGUGGAGAAUGUGGCUCCCACCAAGGACGACACAGAGAUCCUAGCAAAAAGGGUCAGCUUGAUCAGGGAGACCAUUUAUGGUAGGAUGUGGUACUUCACCUCUGACUUCUCCCGAGGAGACACUGCCUACACCAAGCUGGCUCUGGACCGCCACACAGACACCACCUACUUCCAGGAGCCCUGUGGCAUCCAAGUGUUCCACUGCCUGAAGCACGAGGGCACGGGGGGCAGGACCCUGCUGGUGGAUGGUUUCUACGCAGCAGAGCAGGUUCUCAGACAAGCCCCUGAGCAGUUUGAGCUGCUCAGCAGGGUGCCCCUGAAGCACGAGUACGUGGAGAACGUGGGAGGCUGCCACAACCACAUGAUCGGCGUCGGGCCGGUGCUCAACGUCUACCCCUGGAACAACGAGCUCUACCUCAUCAGGUACAACAACUACGACCGAGCUGUCAUCAACACUGUGCCUUACGACGUGGUUCACCGCUGGUAUGCUGCCCACCGCACGCUCACCACUGAGCUCAGGAGACCUGAAAACGAACUCUGGGUCAAACUGAAGCCAGGCAAGGCCCUGUUUGUGGACAACUGGCGUGUGCUGCACGGGCGGGAGGCCUUCACUGGGUACCGCCAGCUCUGCGGCUGCUACCUGACCAGGGAUGAUGUGCUGAACACUGCACGCCUGCUGGGGCUCCAGGCUUAGCCCAGCCCACCCUGCCCUCCGUGGAGAGAGGUCCUCAGGCCUCCAGCACUGCCCUGCUGCUGCCUCUCACCAUGCAGAAGACGUUGCACAUACCUCAAGACUCCUCCAUCCCCUCCAAGACGUUCUCAGUGCCUCCUCGGGAGAGGGAGCAGGUGGAAACCAAAGGCUGUGGGAGCUUUGUGACACCAUCAUCUGCCUUGGAGCAUGGGCAGCUCUUGCUUUCUGUGCUCCCAGCCUGGCCCUUCUAGGCCCUCUGGCUCAGCUCUGCUGAGCAAGGCUUGAUUCCCACCAUGGGAAGUUCUCUUCCACUCAAGUGCCUUCAGGAUUUGGAAUCUUGAGGUCUUUCCCUGCACAGCCUUUUUGUGAGCUGAUGGUUUAGGAUUCCUCUAGCAGAGCAGAAUGGAAACCUCAGCCUGGGGCAAGACAAGACCCCAGGACUUGUAGCCCUUCUAGAGAAAACCCAAACCUCAUUGCUGAUGUCACUACUCAAGGGCUGUUGGCAUGCUGUCAGUGACUUCUCUCUUCUCAAACACACCUUGUGGCCCUGCUAAAAGCUGUGCUGCUCUGGGGGUGGCCUGGAGGGAGAACUGGGCACAGCUGGGGUGUUUCUGACAAGUUUGGGGUUAGAAGGGAAGAGAGAAGUAGCAAGAGCUGUGUUGGGAAGCAGAGGUGACCCUUAGAUGAAGAAGCCAUUGACCAGUUGACCUCCAGGGGUUGAAACCUCAGCAGCUGCAGCAUUUGCAGAGGAAUUUUCCUCUCUGCUGCUCUUGGAUCUUGCCUGGAGAAGGAAUUUGUGAGGGUCAUUGUGAGAUUGACCUUUGGGGGUUCUUUUUCCUCCAGACUCUUUUGGAUAUGAAGGUAACAAAGCUUUGAUCUGCUGGUAGCUGGGAGGAGAAGCUGGAAUCUGGGCCCCCAGUGCAAGGAACAGAAGCAAAUCCUGGCCUCAGCAGAAUCCUUGGAAUUUUAGAAGCAGGAGGAGACUUUGGAUGUGUUCAUGUUUCAUUCCUCCCUAUCUCUGGGGCUCUUCACUCUUCUCUGAAGAGACCUUAACCAGGGCUGGUCCCUUUCUUUCCUGGCAGCAAGGUGUUCUGAUGUCCAGGUGUAUCUGUGCUGAACUUGCUGCCCUCAUUGAAUCUAAAGACUGACUAUAGAGACCCCAGUGCUGAGACACCCCUGGAGCUUCUCCUCCUAUGGGCUUGAGCUCCUGCAGCUUCCUAGCUGUGGUUGCAGUCAUCAGGAGCUGAAAGGAGCUUUGGAGUGAGGGUUUGGCAGGAAGGUAUCUGUCAGAGAUGGUGUAAGGGAGUAAUGGCAAAAGGCUGCUGCCAGGAGGCUUCUUCCAAGCUGAGCCAAGUGUUCCUCUUGCAGCAGGUGUAGGCUCUCUGAGGUGCCAGUUCCACCAGCACUCCUUGGACAUGGAGCUUUGCAGGUCUUCAUUCAUGCUGUUAAGUUGUAGCAGAGCCCAGACUUGCACGCACUGUCCCUCACACAACCCAGUCUUGAUGCCCCAGGUUGGUUUCACCCUCUGCUGCAUGGUGAAUCCAGGGCCUGGAGCUUGAGGGCAGAGGUGGUGAGCAAAAGCAGUCUCUGUGGGAGCUGACAAAGGGUCCUGAGCAGGGUUUGGAACCCUUGAGCUCUCUCUUGAGUGGUUUGAGGAUAUCAAGGGUUCUUGAGCUCCUUCUGUUGCCACCCUGUGUCCCCAGGAUGUGAGGAACAGCACCUGGGUGCUGUGGACACCUUCCCUUCUGAGGGCUUAUCCAUCAGCUGAAGAUCUGCUGCUGCCCUGAGCUGGCCUGGCUGGCCCAAGGGAGACCAAACAUUGUCAUGCCACAGGUGUCUCUCUUACCCAGAAUGUGGUGACUGCAGCUCUGCCUCCCACUGCUGCUGCCAGGAGCUGUGGUCUGCAGGCACCAACCCUUCUCUCAGGAGCCCACUCCAACCUCAAGGUGGUUGUGGUAUUGUCCGUGGUGAAUGUAGAGGGGACACCUUUCUUCCUGGGGGGUGGUGGUGGUGGUUGAGCAACAAUGAAACACGGGGAGAGAUGGGUUUAGACCUUGUGCUUCACCUCUCCACACUUCCCAAGAGGGCUAAGUUCUGCAGGAGCAGCUCCUGAGCACCCAAAGUCCGUUAGAAGGUCCAGGACUUAGUGGUUGUUGCUGUCUGUCUGGCACAGGUGGCUGCUGGGCCAUGUUCUCUUUGCUCUCAUUUUGUAAUGGACCUUUUACAGUUCUUUGAGGCCAAUAAAUGCUGAGCUGCCUCCUCCUCCCUGCUGCCCUCCCAUCCGUGUGUCCUUCAAACAAACGAUUUGUAAAGCCAUCAGCUCCACAACGUAGAUGUUUCCAGCGACCACGGCCUUGAAAAGAAGUGCUUGGUUACCCACCUGAGGUGGAAUAAACGUUUGGAACAGCAAACCAAA